GUCGGAUGUUGCUGUUGAGUCACCCCUGACUGGUAACAGCCAGAUAGCGGAAAACAACUCGAGAUGAUGCUGAAGACCUGGGCAUCUUUCAACAGAUCCAGACACUGAAUAAAUGCUCGUUUCUGUUUGGAUAUUGUUUCAGGUAUCUGUGCUACACUGUAACAGGCUGACCUUUUACCAACAUGAUGGAGGAAGUCGACAGAUUUCAAGUGCCUCCGGUUAAUCCAGAGACGAAGCUGCUGGACUCCGCAGCAACAACCACUUUGGAGGCCGACUCGAGCACGAGGGAACCAGAGUCAGUCGCCAUCAACUACAAACCCUCCCCACUACAAGUCAAGAUAGAGAAACAGAGGGAAUUGGCACGGAAGGGCUCAGGGAAGAAUGGAACCGUGGGUAGUCCGGUCAAUCAGCAACCCAAGAAAAAUAAUGUCAUGGCCAGAACAAGGUUGGUCAUCCCUAAUAAAGGCUAUUCAUCCUUGGAUCAAAGUCCAGAUGAGAAGCCGCUCGUAGCCUUGGACACGGACAGUGACGACGACUUUGAUAUGUCUAGAUACUCAUCAUCCGGAUAUUCUUCCGCCGAGGUGAGAUAUCUGAGGGACCAGCAAAUAAACCAAGACUUAAACAUCCAGCUGCUGAAGGACGGAUACCGAUUGGACGAAAUCCCCGAUGACGAAGAUCUGGACCUCAUCCCUCCCAAAUCAGUCAACCCCACCUGCAUGUGCUGUCAAGCCACUUCCUCCACAGCCUGUCAAAUUCAGUAACCCACCACCUCUUAACCUCACCGUUAACUCGACCCGAAUAAUAGAUUAACUUAAUUUAUUAAACACGAUAGAAUGAGUGUAUUUCAGUUCAUUUAAAAUAGGGAAUGUUGAAUGAAAAUGCACAAGAAAUAUGUUACCGUCAUUGGUUCCUCCUAUGGUAGGACGUGAGUGUUUUUAUCAUCACCAGAGGGUGCUAGACUAGGGUGUGUACAGAUGCAUUGAGGUACCUGAAUGCGGAGAACGUAUGCCGCUAUUCAAAACAGAACAAAACAGAAUGUUUGAUUCCUAAAUAUUGUUCUCUAGAACAGUGUUUCCCAACCUUUUCACAACAACGUGUUCUUACUGGAUAUCAUUUAACAGCAUAAUGAAUAUUAGUCUGUGGCUUAACAUGCUGGGAUAGAUUCUAGCCCUCCUGCGACCCUGAAGAAUAAACUGGUUUGGAAGAUGGAUGGAUAGAUUCAUAUUAUUAAAAUGCCAAAUUUUGCAACUAUACACUUUCACACUUUAAGAAAUACCAAUUUUUAAACCGCAUUAAAGUUAAUAUUGUUCUCUGCUGACCCUUAGGGAAUCAAUGCUCUAGAAUGCCCAGCUAUGUUUAGCUUACACUUUUAGAUAUUAAGUACAGAAGUCAUCUUUGUCAAAUGAAAUGGAGUGUAAAGAGACCAGGAGAAUCUGUUUCACAUUUAGAUUCUUAUUCUUAUUCUUAUUCUUAUUAUUUUCCUAUUUAAGUAUUAAUAUAUUAUCAGUAGCUUUGUAGCACAUGAGUAAAUGACACCCACCGAUCUGCUGAAAUUGUCAAGUCAUGUUUAGCUGUAAUGUCAUGGAAUGUACCUCCUAACAGAGACAUAAGUUUUGUUCCGUAAAAUUUUGAUCAGCGGUGCUUGUGGAUUUUGAACAUGAUGAAAACUGGCACACAAACUCAACGCAGUUACCGGUUAAGGGAUUUGUAUGGAAAAAGCGUAUUAAAUCUUGUUAGUUUCAUCAGCAGAUAGUUCAAGAAUACGUGAACCUAGAUCUAAAACACACAAUCAUUUGGUACGAUUUCAGGAUAGAAUAAAGGAAAAGCUUGCAUUGAUGUAGCCUACUUGAAGUCAUAAAAGUAGUUGCCAGAUACAUAUUUCUAAAAUCUUUAACAUGAAGACACAAUGCUACAGAUUUUGUUCAACACUAUUCACUAUUUGUGCCAAAAUGCAGUAUUUAUUUAAUUAAAAAAAUGGGUUGAUUGGGGAAACAUGGCCAACAUUUCAAACGACCUCCAAAAUCAAUGUUACAUUUGGUUUAACACACACUUUAAUGAUCUUGUUCCAUAUGGAGUCAUUUUAAAGUGCAAUACCAUCCUGUCAGACAGUGUCAUUUAAUGCAUGUCUUAUGUACUGUAGAUUUCCACAGUAUUUGUGUCUUCUGUUUGUCAUGCAACUGUAUUAGGACUUACCUAUUUACUUUGCUUUUGUUUAUUUUGUGAACUUUCAAGAGCACCUUAUCCUGAAGUCACACCCUACGCUGAGCACGACGCUACUAACACUCCAGUUCUCAUCCAAUGUACUACAUCUGGAGAAUGUAUGAAGGGAAAUUACAAUGUAAAAAGUUACAAAAAAUAAAAAUCUAAUAUUUAAUGUUUUCCUGCAUUGCUAUAUCAGUGACCAGAAUAGUAUAUGACGGACACUGUUUUUCACUGAAUGCAGAACACUACAGUGUUAACUUUUCAUCUACUGUAAACAUUUUUAUUGCUAUAUUGGUAUAUCGGUGAAUAUUUAACACUCCUUUGCCAUUUAAACCCCUGGUUGCCACGUGUCAUGUAUGUUUAAGUGAGAAAGCUUUUAGCAUAGCAACAUAUACUCUCGCUUUAUGGGGUUAUAGACUGUCAUGGUAUGUAGAUGUGCCACUGGAUGGAUUUUUUUUCAUCCGUGUAUGUGUGUAUGCUUCUCCUGGUGUCAAUACAAGACUGUGUCCCUGCUUUGGUUGAAGAUUACAGCACCAUUGUGUAUCAUCGCUUGAAUUAUCCUCCACUUUCUGUUACUACAUUGAAUUAGAGUUUGCCUUAAAUGAAGCUAAACAGCGGGUCAUUUUAUUUAUUACAAGUGACAUGUUUUUAAUUUAUUGAAAUAAAUGGGCUUUUUAACAUAGACUUUUGUUUUGACAUGUUUUUACUUGUAUUUCCUAUGUUUUCCACGUCUGUCAGUAAAUAUGAUUGUAGAGAUGUGAAGAGUUCCAUGCCAGUAUUUAACAAUGUUACUGUUCUGUGUAGUGAAACUUACCUGUGAAUACAUAUGAAAUAUACAGUUGCAACUCUC